AUGGAUUACCUGAAAGAAGUGCAAGGAAAAGGAGUUCAUGACUAUUUCUAUAACAAAAAAAUAGUUAUGAAAUCUUCAGGGAGGUGUGCAUGGGUGCCAGGGCCCGUAAUAGUUGGUGCUGGUCCAUCUGGUUUAGCCACAGCUGCUUGUCUCAAACAAAGAGGAGUUCCUAGUCUGAUAAUUGAGAGGUCUAAUUGCAUAGCUUCAUUGUGGCAACUCAAGACAUAUGACAGACUGUGUCUCCAUCUCCCUAAACAGUUUUGUGAGCUCCCUCUAAUGCCAUUUCCUGCCAAUUUCCCUUCUUACCCAACCAAAGACCAGUUUGUGGCCUACUUGGAGGCUUACACCAUCCAAUUCGGUCUCGAACCGGUUUAUAAUCACAACGUGGUGAGCGCGGAAUUCGAUGAUCAAUGUGGGUUCUGGAGGGUUAAGGCCAUGGGGCUGAAACAAGAGGAGGAGACUGAGUAUGUGUGUAGAUGGUUGAUCGUUGCGACUGGAGAAAAUGCUGAAGAGGUUGUGCCUCAAAUUGAAGGGAUGGAUGAUUUUGGUGGGCCAGUUGUUCACACAAGUUGUUAUAAAAGUGGGGAGUUGUUUAGUGGGAAGAAUGUUUUGGUUGUUGGCUGUGGGAAUUCAGGCAUGGAGGUCUCUCUUGACCUCUACAACUUCAAUUCUAAGCCUUCUAUUGCUGUCAGGGAUUCGGUUCACGUCUUGCCUAAAGAGAUGCUAGGGAUAUCAACUUUUGGAAUGUCAAUGUGUUUGCUUAAAUGGCUUCCUGUACGCCUCGUCGAUCAGUUCUUACUUCUAAUCUCGUGGUUUAUGCUUGGCGACACAGCUGAAUUAGGCCUCGCUCGCCCUAAACUCGGUCCUCUCGAACUCAAAAUGGUGUCCGGUAAGACACCUGUAUUAGAUGUCGGUACGCUCUCCAAGAUUAGAAGUGGAAACAUUAAGGUUUUUCCUGGAAUAAAGAGAAUAAGGAGACAUUCUGUUGAGUUUGUGGAUGGGAGAAUAGAGAAUUUUGAAGCAAUUAUCCUUGCGACGGGUUACAGAAGUAAUGUGCCUUCAUGGUUGAAGGAGAAUGAUACGUUUUCGGGUAAGGAUGGAUUACCUCACAAAGAGUUUCCGAACGGAUGGAAAGGAAAAUGUGGGCUGUACGCGGUAGGGUUUACCAAGCAUGGCUUGCUAGGCUCAUCAAUUGAUGCUACUAGGAUUGCACAAGACAUCGAGCUUUGCUGA